AUGAUGUACAUAAAUCGAUGGCUUGGAGCCCCACCUGUGCCACCAUCAGUGAAAAAGACUCCUGGACCUGAGGAUGGAGAUACUGGAUCCAACCUGAACCCAACCAUCAAAACUCCUGAGGCUAAUGGAGAAUUUCCCCCAGCUGUCACUAUGCGAGUGAUACCAAUAGAGAAGCUCACAGAGCUCCAAAAAAAUCCAAAGAACAUCCGAAACCUGUGUAUUUUGGCUCACGUUGAUCAUGGGAAGACCACCUUGGCUGACUCUCUUGUGGCCAGCAAUGGUAUCAUCUCUCCUCGCAUGUCUGGUCAACUCAGGUCGUGGAUUCCGCUUUAUUGGGCCAUCGGCUAA